CCAAAAGCAAUCGCUCCUGUCCAAUCAGUCUCAGUGCCUACCUUCACACAUAAGCGGCAGGGCACUCGGGUCCACACAGACCUACACAUACACACACACACACACACACUUACACUUAGACACUUGUCACAUCUGCAGCCAUCUUUUCCCCCUCACCCCACCAUCACCUACACUCCCCUGUUCUUCAAGGCUACCUGUGUGACCUCUCACCAUUGGCCAAGUCUCGGAGCCCUCAGCAUCUCCAUCACGGCUGAAGGGACCAUUCGGGAAAGCAGGAGACAGAGGUGGACCAUGAGGAUCUUUUUGUGGCUCGUGUUCGGACUCUUCGUCCUCAAAGCGGUGGCGGCCAGCCCCAGAUUUUCCCGGCAGGUGGACUUUGACUCAUACGACUAUGAUGAAAGAGAAAACAAUGUUGAAGAUAACUAUGAGUAUGGGGAGCCAGAGAAUGAGAAACCGGAUCGAUCGGAUUAUAACUAUCCUGAACCAGAAGUAGUAGCAGAAGAAAAAGAGGAGGAAGAGGAAGAAGAAUUGCCUCUAAAACCCCAAGCUGUCCCUCAGGGUUCUGGUGGAUCUGGUGUCCUCAUGGGUCCAGACACAGAGAAAGAGGUGGAGCUGCGUCAGGCAACGGUCGAUACUCUUCAUGUUUCCGGGGAUUUUGGAGGCUCUGUGGGGUCUGGAGAAACCUCAGCAGCUUCCGGGGCCUCUGGGUCUGCCGUCUCAGGAGACAUAGUGGCCUCCAGUGCCUCCGGGGAUCUUUCUGGUGACAUUAUUCUGAUAUCUGGGGAUCCAGAAGAAUUCUUUAACGCCAGUGGAGUGGUCAGUGGAUCUGGGGAGGUCUUGACAGAUGGGGUUCCAGAAGAGUUCGUUAUACCCAGUGGAUCUGGGGAGUCCUUGAUAUCUGGGGACGUCUCAGGAUCUGGAGCAGCCAUCGGGUCUGCUUUUUCUGGUGCCUCGGGAGACUCUCUUCCUGAAGUUGUCACUGAACUCCCCUCUGAAACCGGAGUAUCUGGGGACCAGUCUGGCUCUGGGUUCUCUGGAGAUCUUUUGAGCUCUGGGGCCUCUGGAACCUCUGGGGACUCUGAGGACUCUAUUGUGUCAGGAUAUUCAGGGAUAACUUUGAUAUCUGGAGAGGAGGAGUUUCUCCCUUCUGCGGAUAAAAUCCCCGAGGAGGUACUGAGUGCUACUGGGAUGCCCUCGGGAGACAUUGACGGCUCUGUAGACCCAGAGGUCUCUGGAACCUCUGGACUUCCUAGUGUCUCUGGCUCAGGAGACGUUGUGAUCCUUGUGACAAUUCGACCAGAGGAGGAGCCUUUUCCAACCACAACUAAAUCCCCUGAGGAGGGGAAAACAACAAGUGUAGAAGAAGGGCCCUCUGGCUUCCCAUUGCCAGAGGAGCCAGAUGAGCCCGAAGUUAUUGAUGAAGGAUUGCCCGUUUGCUUGCUGUGCACAUGCCUCGGCGGUUCGGUCUACUGUGACGACUUGAAGCUCAACAGGGUUCCACCUCUGCCCAAAGACACUACUCACUUCUACGCCCGCUACAACAGAAUCACAAAGAUCAGCAAGUCCGACUUCGCCAACAUGAACAAGCUGAAGAAGAUCGACCUGACUGCUAAUAAAAUAACCUCUAUUGAGGAUAGGACGUUUAUGGGCCUGCCUGAGCUGGAGGAGGUGAUAAUCAGAGAAAAUCACAUCUCACAGCUGCCAGCCCUUCCCGAGACCAUGACUCUGAUUGAUGCCAGCCACAACAACAUUGGCUCAAAGGGGAUUCAUAAAGAGGCGUUUAAAGACAUGACUAGCCUGCUGUACCUUUACCUCACCGAUAACGACGUCGAUUAUAUUCCAGUGCCUCUACCAGACAGCCUACGCUCUCUACACUUACAGCGCAACAACAUUCAGAUGAUGCACGAGGACACGUUCUGCAACCUGAACGACUUCAACUACAUCCGAAACGCGCUGGAGGACAUCCGUCUGGACGGAAACCCCAUCAACCUCAGCAAGACCCCGCAGGCUUACAUCUGCCUGCCCCGUAUACCCAUCGGGAAUCUCAUCUAACUUAGACUCCUGCAAACUCCUUUGUACAUACUGACAUGCAGAGUUAAGCUAUAUUCAUUGUUCAAACUACCAGUCAUUUCCGAAGGUGUGUUUCCUACAUGCUGCUGACAGAUGGAGCCAAUCUGUAAGACUGCGUGCAAUCUGCGCGGAAAUGUUCGGCAUCGCCCAACGAGCAAAUACGACUGAUAUUCCAACAAUCAAGCACAUAUACACUACCUUCUUCCUGUUCCUCAGUAUUUUUCAUGCCAACACAAUAUAAAUUGUAUAAAGUUUUACUCAAAUACACAUGCACAAGCACACAAACUUUUUAUUUUGCCAAUACUUCAGAAGUACAAAUCUGUAUUGUUCAAAGAGCCUCAUCGGAUGUUUAUUUUUCUGUUCAGCGUCUCUUCCAAAAGCCAACCAGUAAUGUGUUGUUUAAAGGUUCACUUUGUAAAAAAUAAAAUAAAUAAAUAUUAAUUUUAAGAUUAAUGACUAACACUUCUUUGGCAAUGUAUGCAAGCAAAGACUUUAAUGAAGCUGGAGCUGGAUGAGAAUUGAUGCAACGUAAUAAACCAAACGCAUUUAAACACAACUUCUGGUUGUAAAGUUUGUACUGUAAUAUAAAAUAAAUAUAUUUAGAUUUUGUUUCUUUACACAAACUGACAUAAUUUUUUAUAUUUGAUUGAAAAGGUCCUGUUUCAACUGUGCACAAUAGUUUAAAUCAAGAACUCUAAUGUCUAGAGUCGAUUAAUUAAAGACUAUUGUUAGGUUAUGGAGGUGGUGGGUGGGUUUGGUUUGUUUUUUUUUUUUGGUUUUUUUUGGUUGUGGACCGGGUUUAGAAUACUGUCAUUGUGUGCCCUGUAUGGAAUAACCACAAGAGAAUAAAGUCGUUUUAAAGACUUCUCCAAUCUA